AUGAAUAUCUCUUGUCGUCCCGUCCACCACCUCUCCUCUCUCGCCCGCGUCUCCCGCACCAUCAGCACCGCCAUCGGCCCCGUCUCGUCAUCGCGCUGCCCACUGUCGACAUCCUCGUCCCCGCCGCCGCCAACCCCGCGAACCACCACCGGCCUCCUCCUGCACGCCCGAGCGACACGGCCCGCCGCACCCCUCCUCUUCCCAGCCGAUCGCCGCCGACCUUCCUACCGCCGACGGCAACCCAACAACAAUCGCACAAUGGCCACUUCCCAAGCCGUCACCGCCAGCGCCGGCCAGCGCCUCGCCGGCAAGACCAUCCUGAUCACCGGCGCCUCCGCCGGCAUCGGCCAGGCCUGCGCGCUCGAGUUCGCCCUCGCCCAGCCGCACGACCUGCGCCUCAUCCUCGCCGCGCGCCGCAUCGACACCAUCCGCGAAAUUGCCGCCGCCAUCACCCAGCAGGUCGGCGACGGCGUCAAGAUCCUGCCGCUACAGCUCGACGUCAGCAAGCCCGACGAGGUGCGCGCCUUUGUGGGCCAGCUGCCAGACGAAUUUAAGAACAUCGACGUUCUGAUCAACAAUGCAAACAAAGCUGAUAACCCCAAAAGCGGCGGCGUCCGUGGCGUCGAGACGGCCGGCAACAUUGCCGAGGCCGACAUCAACAUCAUGUUCGACACAAACGUCACCGGCCUCAUCAAUGUCACCCAGGCCGUCCUGCCCAUCUUCUUUGCCCGCCCAGAUGGCGGAGCCGGCGAUAUUGUCAACAUUGGCUCCAUCGCUGGUCGCGAGCCCUACGCCGGCGGCUCCAUCUACUGUGCGACCAAGGCCGCUGUACGCAGCUUCACCGACAGCUUGCGCCGUGAGACCAUCAGCACCAAGAUUCGCGUCAUGGAGGUGGACCCUGGCGCGGUCGAGACCGAAUUCUCCGUUGUUCGCUUCCGUGGCGACAAGGCCAAGGCUGAUGCUACCUACGCUGGCAUGGAGCCUCUGACGCCCCAGGACAUUGCCGAGGUCAUCGUCUUCAAUGUCACCCGUCGCCAGAACGUUGUUGUUGCCGAUUCUCUCAUUUUCCCUACGGUUCAGGCUGGUGUUGGUCCUGCCAAUAUGUAUCGCAAGACCGCCUGA